AAGAAAACCGAUCAGCAGAACUGGGUUGAUCGUCUGAAAUGACCUAGACCCUCAUGCUGAGAGGGCAGGUCGCAACGGCUCGCAAAAAGGAACAGUGUGUGUGUGUGUGCGAAACGCCAUUUUUGGCGGAAAUAUUUCUUGGACGCAAGACAACGCGGUUCGUCGGCGUUCCGGGAGACCUCACCUCGGUAGCGACGAGUUGGUUUCGCCCGAGCGCGAUAUCCCAUCUCCCCACCACCGGACCAUGGCUUUGGGAACCGUAGAACGUUGCCAGCUCACCUAGAGCAGCUGGAUACGAUCGUUCGAAGCGCUAUACGAGCGAAAUCGAAAAACAAGACAUCUUUUACUAGGCUGCUUGCAGUCUGCUUCGGUGCUUCGUCAUUUUCCGUCAGUUUAUUGUCGGUGUGGUAUUGGUGGUGUACAUAUCUGAGUUCGAAGGAAAUCAAAAUGAUCUAGGAAUAACGGUUGUUUACAUGUGAAACCUUUAUUCACAGUGAUAUUUCAACAAUAAAUUAUAUUUUGAUAGCUAUUUUCUACCAUCUUUUCGGGACGAAAUCCGUUAUUUUGCGAUUAUUUACACACAAAGCCAGUGGUUAGGAAAUGCCUUCUCCAAUUCGAGUACCCGUAAAAUGUCGCUGGUGAGAUGGAAACACCUCGUCGUCUGAACCGCUUCUCCGGAGCAGUUUGUUGUCGGUUGUUCAUUAUCUACCUCUUGAGCUGUGCAAAUGCCGAUACCGCAGUCAACGACGAAGGAACGGUGGGACCUCCCGCCUGUGUCAUAAAGGACCGUUAUCUGUUGGCGUGUACCGACGGCGAUGCCACGAAUCAGACUCUACCCUCGAACGUGAACAGGGUGGAAUUUUUCAACGUUACCAUCCAAGAUCAGAAAAUCAAUGCCGCUCACCUGAGGAGUUUGAAAUGGAGGGCCAGCGGUCUGAAAGACAUACGGCAGGUGGUCGAGAACACCAGCGGUCUGACCGUGUUGGACGUGUCUCAGAACGACAUAGACAAGCUGGUCGAUUAUCACUUCGAACGAUUCAAGAAACUGAAUCUCAUGAACCUCUCACACAACCAUAUCACAGACGUUCAGAGAUUGACCUUCGACGGUCUCGACCUGAAAGAACUCUAUCUUUCACACAAUUCCCUAGUAGCCAUUCCGUUUCAGCUGUUCCAUCCGAUGCAAAAUUUGAAAAUAUUAGACCUGUCGUACAACAGCAUAGUUAAGAUAUUGGAUCAUUUCUUCAAGUUCAACAGGCACGUUGAAAUAUUAUAUUUGAACAAUAACCAAUUGGCCAAUUUUACUUCCAACGCCCUGGCCGAUCUGCAGAGCCUCCAUAGGUUAGAUAUAUCCCACAAUUCCAUUCAGUACUUCUCGAAGGGCAUCUUCGAUUCGCUGGUCAACUUGGAGUACUUAAACGUUGCUUACAAUCCAAUCGUGAACAUACCGAGUGGAACGUUCAGAGGUCUUCGAAGACUGAGAACCUUAGAUAUAAGCGGCACAGAAAUCAACACCUUCCCAUUUGGACUGCUCCAUUUCAGUCCGGAACUGGAGAGUCUAGUCGUCGAUGAAACGAACAUCGAAGAAUUCCAUAACAGCGAACUGCUGGGCGUGCCAAAACUUCGAAAAUUAUAUAUGAGGCGAAAUAAAAGACUUAAGAAAAUCGAGAGUUACUUAUUCUCGGACACUCCUCUGAUCGAGGAGUUAGACAUAAGCGGAAAUGGUCUCACUUUUCUACACGAGUCAAUAGCGAACCUGACGCACCUCAAGUACUUGAACAUAUCAAACAACCCGUGGGCCUGCGACUGCCGUAUGUUCUGGUUCGCGCCGUGGAUAGUAUCCAAGAGGAAAUCCAACAUGACCGUGUCCGAGCUGUCUUGCGGACCGUACGCGUAUCCCAACGAUAUGUUGCCUACUUUGGAGCAUCUGAACUGCACCGCUCCUUAUAUGAUGUAUAAAACGCCUACUAUGCAAUAUAGGCUCAGAUCUAACGCGCUCUUGGAGUGUAAAUAUUCUGCCAAUCCUCCUCCUGCCAUCACGUGGAUAACGCCUACCAGACAGGUGUUCCACUGGAAUCCAGAUCCGGCUAUACCGGACGUCUUCGAGAAACACCCGCACGCUCACGACAGAAUGAUGGUGCCUAUGAGGGUCAUACCGCCGAGGAUUCAGGUCUUGGACAACGGUACCCUGCUGAUCAAGAACGUGACAAGGGAAGAUUGCGGAAGGUACAUCUGCUACGCCAGCAACCCAAUCGCCAACACAACAGACAACGUCCUACUCCACAUCGAUCCAGCCGACUGGAAUUAUGUGAGAAUCAUCAGUUUAAUUGUUGGCGCGCAGUGUGCAUCUGCAUUUUUGACACUCACCCUCAUCAUUCAGUUCCUACGCUACUUAAUAAAAAGAUUCGGCCUGUUCAAUAACUUCUGCAGCUUCUGUAAGCGGGACAGAGUUUCACCUAGAGCCAAACAAAUCUACGCCAUGCUCGACAACAUCGAACAGUACAAAUCGCAACAGUUGGAGAGACUGAGGGACAACUACGCGCAACAGGUGGCAAGGAUCAGGGAAAACUGCAACCAACAGAUGGAAUGGAUCCAGAGCAGUUACCAUUCGCAGUCCAAACACCUCAAAGAUUUCCGUGAUAUCGGAUCGGCCCACUUGACUACCCUCAGAGGCCAAUACCAAGACCAGGUCAGAGAUUACUCGACGAACCAACUGAACUGGGUGCGGGAAAACUACGUCUUUCAAAGGAACAAGAUCCGGAAGUUUUCCGCGCACAAGGUGUUGCAACUCAGGGAGACGUACAAGUACCAACAGCAGACCUUGAACAAGGUGAUCGAGAACCUGCCGAGUUUGUAUUUCGAGAACUGCAGAGCGGGCGCUUGCGGAAGGGCGGAAUCCUUGGUCCUGGACACUACCGAGGUGGAAAACUUGGACAUGUACAUCAAGGCGAAGAUAGAGAAGUUGGCGCAGUUGGACGAGGUCUGUACCGAGGCCAACACCGACCUAAAUCAGAGUAGGCUGUCGCUGUAUUACACGCCCACCGAGAGGUCUCUAGCGUCCAAGGUAGCCUCGCCGGUGAGUCCACUACCGCCCGGCCUCAUCAUCAACUACAUCCAAGACAGGCCGGACCCCCUUUUCCUAGAACAGCCUUGCUCCUCGAAAUCGGCGUUGAUGCGCGAUCUGCAAUUUUCCAUGCAGCAUCAAUCGGACCCACUGCUUCCCCAGCUGAAGAUGAUCGAAGAUAAACCCCACGCGGAGAAGAACAGGGACGCCAAGCUGAGAUUCUUGGCCGACGUCCUCGAGAAGCCGGAGAACGUAGAUUCGUCCGAAUCGUCCGCACCGCCUCCGUACAAGGACAGCGACACCGACGACGAUUCCGUAAGGCUCGAGACUGUACUGUAGUAGAUUUUAACUUUUUUUUUUGCCCUAGUGAAGCUGUGAUAAUUGUAUUUAUUGACUAUCGCAGUGUAGAAUCCGUGAGCGCUGUUUAGUGCCAAGCCUAUUUCAAAGCAAUCGGUUUGAUUUGUGUAACAAGAAGAAUGAUUCGAGAGUCCACGAUUAACCUAGUCAAUCGAGACAAGACUGAAAAGAAGAGAGGACGGAUGAUUCCAACAUCGAGUACAAAAUUUUCUUUCCAGAUACACCGCUUCCAUUUCGACGAAAAUUCAACUAGCUUGUAAAGGGUAUUCGUAGGUUAUUCGAAGCACCGUUUUACCCAGAAAUGAUGCAGUUUAAAGAAAUAUGUAAAUAAUCCAUAAAUAGUUAAUUAGUUUCAAUUUGGUGUCAUGAAUGAUUAUUAUUUUUUCCCCGUAUUGCGGUAUAAUCUACACUGGUAUAGAGACUUAAGCGGGUACCAAAUAAGAAUAAACACUAUUUUUCAAUAAAGAUAAUAAUGAUAUAUUGUUAAAAUUUGUGAGUUCUGGUUUUCACUCGAUAAGCUAUUUACUGGAAUGGCAUUUGCAGAAUAGAAAUGCUGAUUUUCUCUUUCAGAGAUCUUUUCGAUGGAUAUUUCAGAAUAUUAAUUUUUUCUAAGUUGUUUAGUUAGGAAUACAAUAAUCAAUUUCGACUGUUAAUAUUUAUAUUUUCGAAAUAUUCUUAUCCAAUAAAAUGUUGAAUGGUUCUUUUUUA